UCCUCAUUGAAUGACUGGAGGAGGACUACAAAGUCCUAACAUCAUCCCUGCAAGACUUGUAUGUAACAGAGAACACCAAGGGGCUGCGCGCUGAGGGGUUCAGCAAGGAGCCGGGGGUAUGUAACAUGGGGCAGGCCCUCAAACCCUGCAGCACCAGAUAUCACCCCCAUGUUAACCCCGAAGCACAACUCUCACUACACUGCAGCACUUGGUCAGACAUUUUACAUGCAGUGAGGUAAGAGACAACGCAGUUUCUCCACUCAGAAAUAAGGAGGCGCUGCAAGGAGGAGUCACGUGACUGGCGGCAACCUUCUACGUCAUCAAACAUACUCCAUCCGUCCCCAAUCUAGUCCCGAAUUCUUCAUCAGUCGUGAGGAGCCCUGAAGAUGGUAACGCUGCUGCUCGGAGCCGCCUGGGUCGUUCUGUGUGCCUUGUCACCCCUCGUGUCGGGGGAUGAAGAUUGCAUUGGAUACCAUGACCCUGGAGGUUUUUGGCGGCCUAAGUUUGAUUGUAGAUUAGGAACCUUUUGCUGUGGGAGCUGUGAGCACAGAUAUUGCUGUUAUGAUCCUAGUAAAUUCAUCACAGAGAGGAUGCAAAAGAGCUGCCUUUUUAUAAGCCCAAAGACGAUCGCUGGAAUUAGCUUUGCUGUUGUCCUCUUCUUUGUUGUGAUUGCUACACUUAUAUGCUGCUUUAUGUGCUCUUGCUGCUAUUUGUACCAGCGGCGCCACCAGCGUGGAACACCAUAUGUUGUGCAAGAAACCCAAAUGUCAGGAAUUUCUCAGCAACCACCAUAUCCUACACAGCCUUCAUAUCCUACACAGCCUUCAUAUCCUACACAGCCUUCAUAUCCUAUGCAGGCUUCUUAUCCUAUGCAGGCUUCUUAUCCUAUGCAGCAUCCAUAUCCCAUGCAGCCUUCACACCCUAUGCAGGCUCCCUAUCCCCCGCAACAACUAUACCCAGGGGACCCUAAGUUUGCUCCAUCUCCACCAGGAUAUGACCCUGUACCUACAUAUCCAGUAAGUGGCCCAACAGGCCAGUAUCCUGUAUACCCUCCAGGACCUCCUCCCUACAAUCCAAAUGUUCCUCCAAAUACAAUGCAUCCGGGAUUAUGACAAAAUAAAAGGUGAAAAUGGAUGACAUUAGUUUGUUUCCUCAUUCUGUGGAUUGAUUUCAGGUCAUCUCAGAUGGAUAUCUUGUAUUUAUUUUAAGUUUGUUUUUUUUCACAAACCUUCAGUAUAACCAUGGUUUACCAUAUAAUAGGAAGGUAUAUUCUUCCGUUUGGCACAUUUCUUUUAUUUAUGCCACUGAGUUGCAUGUGAAUAUAUGCAUUGCUGUUAUUUUACUAUUGUUUACCUGUUUAUAUAACAACAGAUUUCAGUUCAUAAAUUCAGUCUUGUGGACUAACAUAAUGCCUAUUAAUCUGUUGAAUGUGGGGUGUAUAUGUUUCAGUCACCGGUUUCAGAAUAGUUUCAUAGCAAGUAAAAAAUGACUAGCUUUUAACAAUAGAUUGUCAGUUCAACAGCAUAACCUUGCAAGUCCUAUGUGAAUAGAAGUAAUGUUCUGCAAGAAUUUUGUUACCAGAAGGAAAGAUCUCACUUGAAUGUAUUGCAGCAUAUUACAAUUCCCUGGUGUGAUUUACAUUUUGUCUGUCAAAAGUUUAAACAAAAAAGGAUGGUGAGUUAUUUAUGUGUCCUAAAUCUUAAAUUCACAAAUAUUUUAAUGUGUGCGUUGUUUGUAUGUACUAGCAGCUACUGUCAUAAUAAAAAAAGAAAGUUUGU